AUUAAACCAACAGAGCUGCAACAAAAGGAAUCAUUGAUGUAAUCAUGGGACCUGCAGUUUAAUAGAUUGAAGCGUUGCUGCCCUACAGAUCCACAAUUCAUUCAGCACGCAGCGCCCAGGCGCAGUACGGACACAGGUGAGCGCUCUGGAGCAUCAGAACCCCCGCUCAGCUCUGGGGAUUAGGGUCCACACGUCCCUGCAGCACCGGUGCUACCCGACUAGGUGAAGAUCUGCAGUUUGUUCAGAUCUGCAGGAUCCUGUCGCUCGGUGUUGGGUUCAUAACCUGCGGAGGAAAUCUCAAAAUGCCCGGGGAUGGGUUCACCAUCACAAGUCGCAUCAGGAACUUACUGCGGUCACCAUCAAUCAAGAGCAAGAAGAAAUGCAAGGAAAACCUCACCAGCAAGGUGACUUUGGAGAAGGUGCUGGGGAUCACCGCUUCAGGAAACAGCGGGUUGACCUGCGAUCCCCGAUCUGGACUUGUGGCCUAUCCUGCAGGAUGUGUGGUGGUCCUGCUGAACCCCAAAAAGAACCGCCAGCAGCACAUUAUCAAUACUUCCAGGAAAACUAUCACAGCUCUGUCAUUUUCUCCUGAUGGAAAGUACCUGGUGACUGGAGAGAGCGGUCAUCUACCAGCUGUGAGACUGUGGGACGUGGCAGAGCGGAGGCAGGUGGCCGAGCUCCAGAAGCACAAAUACGGCGUCUCGUGCGUGGCCUUUUCCCCCAACAGCAAAUACAUAGUCAGUGUGGGGAACCAACACGACAUGAUGGUUAACGUCUGGGCCUGGAAGAAAGACGUUGUUGUGGCUACAAACAAGGUGUCCAGUAAGGUGACAGGCGUGUCCUUCUCUGAGGACAGCUCCUACUUUGUGACCGUUGGGAACCGACACGUCAGGUUCUGGUAUCUGGACCACUGCAAAGCCAGCAAGGCCAGAACUCCCAUGCCUCUGCCGGGCCGCUCCGGGCUGCUGGGGGAGCUGAGGAACAACUUCUUCUCGGAUGUGGCUUGCGGGCGGGGCUCUAAGUCUGACUCCACCUUCUGCGUAACCUCGUCCGGCCUGCUGUGUGAGUUCAACAGCAAGAGGAUGCUGGACAAGUGGGUGGACCUGCGGACUGGCGCGGCUCAGUCUCUGUCCCUGUCUGAAGACACGAUCUUCUGCGGCUGCGCUGACGGGACCGUACGAGCCUUCAGCCCCGUCGACCUGCGCUUUGUCGGCACGCUGCCGAGGCCUCAUCCCCUCGGCUCUGACGUCUCGGCCGCCACCGAGGCCAGCCGUUUGUUUCCCAGCAAAACAGAAGACCGAUACCCAGACGUCAUCGCGGUGGCCUACGAUGCGGUGAGCCGCUGGCUCAGCUGCGUGCACAGUGACCACAGUCUGUACGUGUGGGACGUCAGAGAGGUGCACCGGGUCGGGAAGGUGAACUCCGCCCUCUUCCACGCUGCCUCUGUUUGGGACCUGGAGGUGUUUCCCGAUGUUCCUGGAGGGACGGCCGCAGAUUUGUCGUCAAGCACAUUCUUCACUUGUUCGGCUGACAGCACCAUAAGGAUGUGGAGGAUGGAGGACUCGACUCGCCCUCACGUUUGCUCCCAGAACGCGCUCAGCAACGAUCUCUUGAAGAUAAUUUACGCAGAUGGCAACGCCGGCACCCUGCAGGACCCUGAAUGUAACGCGAACGCAGACAAGUCAGGGGAUUCGCAGACAGCAGAAAUCAGAGCCGGCAUCAGGGCCAUCUGUGUCAGUCCAGACGGCAAACACCUGGCCUCCGGAGACCGCAACGGGAUGCUGAGGGUUCACGACCUCAGCAGCAUGGAGGAGAUUCUUAAAGUGGAGGCCCACGACGCUGAGAUCCUCUGUCUUGAGUACAGUAAACCAGAAACAGGUCUGAAGCUGCUUGCCACGGCCAGCAGGGACCGCCUGAUCCACGUCUUGGACGCGGACGACAGCUACAGGCUGGUGCAGACGCUCGACGAGCACUCCUCAUCCAUAACAGCCGUCCGCUUUGCUGCCAAUGACAACAAGGUGAGGAUGAUUAGCUGCGGAGCAGACAAGAGCAUCUACUUCCGCACAGCACACAAGACUGACAGGGGAACAGAGUUCCGGCGUUCUCACCACAUGGUGAGGAAAACCACACUUUACGACAUGAGCGUAGACGCCACCUGCAAGUACGCAGCUGUUGCCUGUCAGGACCGCUGCAUCAGGGUUUUCAACAUCAGCAGCGGCAAACAGAGAAAGCUCUACAAAGGGUCACUGAGUGAAGAUGGCAGUCUCCUCAGGGUUCAGAUCGACCCGUCAGGUCAAUACGUGGCCACCAGCUGCUCCGAUAAAAACAUCAGCAUCUUUGACUUCUGCACGGGGGAGUGCGUCGCCACAAUGUUCGGCCACUCAGAAAUAAUCACUGGGAUGAAGUUCACCAACGACUGCAAGCAUUUGAUCUCUGUAUCAGGGGACAGCUGUGUCUUUGUGUGGCGCCUUGCUCCUGAACUUACCAUCGCCAUGAAGGAGAGGCUUUACCAGCGGGAAGAACGCCCCAACUCUCCUCGCUGUGGGACCUCUGGAAUCAGGCGGGAGGUGUACAGCGCUCCGUCUCUGGUCGCUCUGUCCUCUGACAGCGACAGGGAGAACGAGGCGGAGGACACAGAGGAGAAUGAAGACAGUAAUAAUGCAGAUGACAGCAAAAGCUGCAGCUCCUCUAACAGCUGCCACGGAGAGGAGGACACAGGCUCAGAAGACGAACAGGACUGGCAGCUGAAAAAGCACGGAGCUGUCAACCAGGUCCUUCCUGAUCCCACUAAACGUCCACGGAGACGUUGGUCUCGCCGUAUUGGCUCGCUGGAACUGAUGGUAAAAUCCAUGCUGGACUUAAGGCAACUCGAGACGUUUGGUCAAAAGAAAAACCUCAACUGCGCCCCGCAUGAAAGAGAGAGACAGAGCAGCUCCAGCCUCCACGAGGCUGAGCAGCAGUUGGAGGAGAGACCCAGACGCCGACCAGCAUGGCCGCCCUCAGCCGCGUCCAAGUGUGUCAAGGAGACGGAUGGACCGGUGCUCUUCCCCGAGGAAAGCGAAGAUGACAGGAGUCCGGUGGAUGGGUCCUGCAGUGAUUACAUGGUGAUGGAGCGGCCCUGCAGCUCGCGGAGACAAACGAUCCGUACUGAGAGCCAGGACAGCCGCAGCCCAGACAGCGCCUGCUCGCUGGGCUACGACAGCAGGGAGUCCAGCCCGGAGCACACCCUGGAUGAUGGGGAAUCUCUGAGUCGAGGCAGUUCUGACGGGGAGACGGAGGAGGAGGAGGAGGAGGCUGAGAGGAAGAGUGGGUCAGUAACGAGCAUGGACGAAGCUCUGAGGACAGUGAACGGCUCUCAUGUCCACAGUCAGGAGGAUUUCCUCAGGCAGAACUUUGAGACGCUGGGAGAAAGCUGCAGCCCAGCUGAACAGAGCACAGUCCCAAGGCUCAGCAUGUCUUCACACUUCCUGGCCAAAGGACAUAAUAACAGACCAGCACCUCCAUUUGCCAGAGUGACUGAAUCGGAACAAGGAAACAAAUCUGCCAGGCCUCCGGUGUCGAAAGUUCGGCCCUUGAUGGACGAGAGCAGAAAGAUAGAUGACAGGACCCUUGUAUCCCCCGUAAGAACUGAGAGCAUGCCUCCGGAGUGCAGUUCUCCACCUAAACUUCGUCCGCUGAAGAAAAAGACCUCCUGGUCCCCUGAAUGGAGGAUGUCUGUAUCAACAAGUUCCUCCAUGCUGGAUAUACCAUCUGGUUUCGGAAAGUCCCGCUCUGCACAGAACCUAUCUACAGACUCUUCUCGCUCCCCUGUGCCCUCUAGCGUCCAAAGGGAGCUGCAGAAGAGACCCCAGCAGCUGCUUUUGACUAGCAACACGUCCAAACCUUCUUUUUGCUUCUCCUCUCCCUCCUCGGGGUCUCCCCACACCCCGCCGUCGCCCCCACCGUGGGAGUGCUCCAAACUAAAGCCGCAGCACUCCUACAUGAACCCCACGGCUAGCUCCGAGGCCAAACGCAGCCGAUCCACCUCUCCGAGAGAGAGCCUCCAGCCUUGCUCUCCGCCUCGCUCCCCGCGCUUCCCUGAAGGCCGCCGGUCACCCGGGGAGCUGGAGCCGGAGUCCGGCUGUCUCUCUCCACCUUCUGUCACCGAGUCGUCGGCUUCAAAAAGCCCCUCUCUGGCUCCCUCUCAUCACGCAGCAGCCCGUUUGACCCAGAACGCCCAGCUCUCUCGGAUCCCGCUCCCGAAGCAGCCUCUGAGCCCUCGGAGCAGUCUGUGCCUGGACGGGAAGGCCGUCCCGGGUUGCUCUGCGUCCGGGCUCAGGGCUUCCGCCUCUACGGUGGACGUUCGCUGCGAUCCUUCGCCGUCUCCCGAUAAAACGCGAGCACGGGGCAGACAGCUCUCGUUAAGUUUUGAUCCUUCGUUACCAAGUUCUCUGCCAGUGAGGCAGAAAAGAGACACCUUCCCUGAGAGCGUUAGGGAGGGAGGUCAGGUGGCCAAACAGCGCCCUCUGGUGUCUGAAGAGGACAGCACGUUGAGCACACAGCCAGAUCACUCAGUCACCUUGGAGACUUGCAGGCAAGCCGUCACCGAUCUGCGCCAGAGUCUGCGGGAAGCCGUCGUUCUCUACACAGCGUUACUUAAAAGCGACCAGCCGCAGAGCGAAGACCAGGUGGAGAUGAGGAACCUCCUGUCCGAGGCCCUGUUCAGGGUUAAGGCCGAGCUGGACGCGCUGCCUCUCACUUCCUCCCCGAGCGAGGGCCCCCCAGCGGCCCCGGCGUUAAACUGCGACGGAGACAAAGCCUUGGCUCUGCUGGAGCAGUACACCGAGCUGCUGCUGAAAUCCGUGGAGAGGAGGCUGGACACCAAGACGUGAACAGAUGGGCUCCUGUUCAGUAGCUGCAUGCGCUGGGAGGAGACUCACGCAUGGAGAGGCAACAGCACUACUGGGAACGGCACCUUUUCCUGCUUGCACAUUUGCACAAAAUGCAAACGUUUUAUGCACACGCUGAAAAAUCCUAAUGUUUGGAGAACACGGGGAGAAUAUUUGCUGAAUACGAAGCACUGAAAUAGUAUUUAGUUUUAGGAUUUUACUGUACAGCUGCCUUACUUUUUACAUUGCAGUCGUUUGUCUUUGUAGGUGACAUGCUCAACGUUUUAAAUCACAUUACAGCGUUGGGAUAAAUUACAAACCUGACUGCUGGAACAGUUGGUAGUUUGACAGGUGGUUGGAGGUCUAAGGGGGGUAAAUACACAGCAUUCAAACUCGCAAAGCAUCCGAAACUCCAGUACAAAUUAAAAGAAAAGUUACCGGGAUAAAACUUUAGAGAAAAUGUGUUUAUUAUAAUGUUUAGGGUUUGUGCUAAACUGUAAAAAAUUAUUUUUACAUGCAAGUUGUAUUUCGAGAAAUACAUUCAUGUGAAAAAAAAAAAUUGCGUUGUUCCUAGAUUUCAGAGUCAUUUGGCAGAAAUGCGUCUUCUACUGAUAACAGAGUGCAGGAAGUCAGCAGAGGAAGCUCUGUUUGAUAUAUCGGGUCAACAGGUUCUUUAUCAUGGCUGAAAGAGGCACAAUCUCAGCGCAGCUCCUACUCUAUAAUGACCACUUUUCUUCAUCCAGACCCUGUUUAUACAAUUAUGUUGAUUUUUAUGCUGUGAGGGUUUUUAUUAUUAUUAUUUUUGUAUUUUUCUGAAAGAGCUUGUUUUAAUCUGUGUACAGCUUGAACUUGCUGCUCUGUACCCUGUAAAAUAAACUGAAAGCUGAACCUUU